UUAACAUCUGAGACUGUUGAACACUGGGAGACGGCACUGAAACUAUGCGUUGAUUUUGUUGAUCUGCGAAGAUUGCACUGGCUUGUUGAGGGUAUUUUUGAAAGUGCUCUGAAACCAUCACCAACCUCAUGGCAUAGAUGCUUGAGACUGGCACUCGUUUAUUACAUUGCAACUUGUUCAUCUUGGCGAACAACCUCGCUGUUAAGGCGUGCUCUUAGAAUUGCAAAACGAUUAAUUCAUAGAGCUGCAUUGGCCACUGAGCGAGCUCAAAUUGCAAGGUAUCAUGCUAUGUGA